UAAUGGCAUUAUACAAUUCGAUCGAAAACUGGCAUUACUAUCGCCGGCAUUUCCGGUUCACCAGCGUUCAAUAAGUAAAAAGAAGUGGAAUAUCAUAUUUACAUCAUUAUUUUUAUACUUUGUUUCUUAUGAAGUAUUUGACAUAUACUUGUGGCCGCCGAACACAUUUGAUAUUAACACUUUUCUUAUAUUUUUUUUUGGAAUGCCAUUCGUUUUGGACUAUGUAGUUAUUAUAACCGUAUGUUUUUAUCUCAGUAAUAUCGGGUGUAGAUUUCAAACAUUAAACGAUUUCUGGACGUGCCUCCCUCAUGGAAUGGUAUCCGUCCCGAGCGAAUGGACAGAUUCUGAAUUAGUUAUGCUAAUGGAGAGCAUUAGGUUGUUACAUGCCGAACUCACUCAGUUGUUCAAAAUAUUCAGUAGCAGUUUCGGUACACUGCUAUUAGUAUUUUUUGUUUGCUGCAUUAUCGAUAUUAUAUAUGUAAUUUAUUUGAUGAUCAAGCUCGAAAAUGUUAUAAAACAUGUACCAUUGCACAUGCUAAAUAUUCAAAUCGUUGUUUUUUUAAUGUCCGUCAUCCUCGCUGCCUCAUGGAUAAAUGAAAAGAAAAUGAAAAUGGUAUCAUAUUUACGAUUGACUCCGAUUUCAAAACUACCUGUAGAAGUAAAACUACAAAUCAAAAUGUUUCUGUAUCAAAUAACAAUGUUGGAAUCAGAUGGAAUUAGUGCUUUUGGGUUUUUCAAUAUAAAUUUGAAUUUAGUUGUGUCGAUGGCCAUGUUACUCAUGACUGGAUUUUCCACCAUUGUACAGAUGAAAAACCACCCUAUUAUUUUAGCGUUGGUGAAUAACACACACAUGUAUCACAGCAUUUGGGAAAAUGUGUAUGCUAGCAACUAUUCAAAAAAUGUUACAUCUCGUUAAAAACUCAAGUUUUAUACAUUAAUUAACUGUUAUUAGCAAUAUUUUAAGACGUAUUUUAAUAAAAUAUAUAAGUAGAAAGUACCUAGUAGAUAAUACCUGUAAGCACCUGGCGCUAAAACCACUACACAACUUGUUAAAAUCCGCCAUUUUCUUUAUUUUGCAUCUUAUUUACGUUGUAUAAUUAAAUGAUAAGUUAGUAAUUAUUAAUAUCACUAGUAAACUUGCUGUUGAUGUGUAUAUACAAAUAAUAAAUAUUAAUUA